AUGCACGAGGAUGAAAAAGUCUCAACUCAUCUUUUCGCAGCUUCCAAUUAUGAUGAUGAGGAAAAGAAAGUUUCCGGUGGUCGUAAUGGUUUCGGUGCUAAAUUAGCAAAUAUAUACAAUACUGAGUUCAUCUUGGAAACAGUUUCAAAUGACAAAAAUAUCGCCAAACUUUAUGAUCGUAAUCGAACAACCAAUUCUCACUACUUGUUCCGAAAUGCUGUGACUACACCAUACGAUUUGGCGGAGUGUUAA